AUGGCUAACGCUCCCCCUUCACCACCUCCUGCCGGCGAAAUUAUCAACGAGCACUCUGUCGAAAUAAGCCAGAAUUCAAAUAAAAUAGCCACAAUUAAUAACUCCAUCGACGAUAUCGUCGAAAGGUACAUGGUGUCCUCCACCACCAGCCUGUUGUUCCCCUUUUUCGCCUCUCUUGCAUGGAUCUUCGACUGCCAACAAACCUUCAUCAAUGUCUUCUCGGAUUCCCAACCAUCAUGGCACUGCACCUCCACCGCUUGCAAUGUCACCACCACCCUCUCCACACCCUGCAAUCUCCCCUCCUCCUCCUGGUCCUUCUCCCACCCCCGCCACAUUUCCACCAUCUCCGACUUCUCUCUCGAAUGCUCCUCCCCUGUUCUCCUCGCACUCCCAUCCUCUUCCUUCUAUGCUGGUUGUCUCGUCGGCGGCCUCCUCUUAGCCACCUUAGCUGACUCCUUCCUCGGUCGCAAAUACACCCUUUUCCUCUCCUGCUUAAUCAUGUCUCUCACUGCCGCCUUAACAGCCUUGUCACCCAACCUCGCUGUCUACUCUGUCCUCCGAUUCUGCUCCGGCUUCGCCCGCGCUAAUGUCGGAACCACUGCGUACGUCCUCUCCUCCGAACAAGUCCCUCGUCGUCAACGUAACAACGUCAGCAUCAUCACAUUCCUUCUAUGCACUACAGGCUUCCUCACCCUUCCCAUCAUUUCCUUUUUAAACAGAGAAAACUCCUGGAGACUACUCUAUCUUUACACCUCAAUCCCCUCCCUCUUAUACAGCAUUUUCCUCUUUUUCUUUAUGAAAGAGUCCCCCCGUUGGCUUUUUGUCAAAGGCAGAAGAGAAGAAGCCAUUGAAACACUGAAAAAGUUAUCUUGUUCAAAAAAAAUAGAAUGCUUCUCAAACUCGGCAGUAAUGUGCUCCGUCAAAACAGAGUCAGGAAAUUUAUACUCUGCAAUGCGGAUGUUGCGGGAGAAGCGGUGGGCUUUGCGCCGCCUGUUAGCGAUUGUGAUGGCUGGUUUUGGCAUCGGAAUAAUGUACCACGGAAUGCCGCUAAAUCUUGGGAAUUUCAACGCUAGCCUUUACAUAGCCGUGGCAUUAAAUGCAGCGGUUGAGCUUCUGUCGGCAUUAGUUGUCUUUUUUCUUGCUGAAGUGAUGAGCAGACGCAGAUUUAUGGUGGGAUUAAUGGUUGUGAGUGGCGGGUGCAGCCUUGCGUGCACAGCCAUGGGAGGUUGGUUAGCGGUGGUGGUGGAGUUGUUGGCAUUCUUUGGGGUUUUCACGGCAUUUGCGGUUUUGAUGAUUUAUAUGGUGGAAUUGUUUCCAACGUGCGUGCGAACCUCGGCGCUUGCGGUGGUAAGGCAGGCGGUGGUAGAGGCAGGCGGUGGUACUCGGCGGGGUUGUGGCACCGGCAAUAGUGGCGGUGGGGAGGACGAGAAGGUUUCUUUCGUUUGA